ACAAUACGGAAGUGGAAACAGAAGUCCCGAGGUGCAGGCAAAAUGCAACAGUCACACUAAACAAGUGAUUUCUAAUUUUCUUCGCCCGCAAGUCAGGAUUAUUAUGCAAUAGUUUUCAUUUUUCACAAGCGACACUCGCGAUGGAGGGCUCCAAGUCGUCGAGCACAACCAUGCAGGUCAGCUUCGUGUGUCAGCGGUGCUGUCAGCCGCUCAAACUAGACACGUCAUUCAAUGUGCUUGAUCGGGUUACAAUCCAGGAACUUAUUGCUCCUUUGGUCACAGUGACCCCCAGCAAACAGGCUGACAGCACUGAUGGGGAGACAGCACCAGAGGAGACCUUUGCAGAAAACAAGCCAGAUGGGGUGUCAAGAAAAUAUAUCCCACCUGCACGGAUGAUGUCCACAGAGAGCGCCAACAGCUUCACGCUGAUUGGAGAAGCAUCGGACGGUGGCACCAUGGAAAAUCUUAGUCGUAGGCUAAAGGUGACCAGUGACCUCUUCGACAUCAUGUCGGGCCAGACAGAUGUGGACCACCCACUGUGUGAGGAAUGCACUGACACCCUGCUGGAUCACCUGGACACGCAGCUCAACAUCACAGAGAACGAAUGCCAGAAUUACAAGCAGUGCCUGGAGCUGCUGUCACACCUGCAGGUGGAGGGAGAGGACACCCUGCUGGCAGAGCUGCAUCACCUGAAGGAAGAGGAGGAGGCUCUGGUCCAGGAGCUGGAGGCAGUAGAGGAGCAGAGGGCUAGUGUGGCCCAGGAACUGACCCAGAGCAGGGUCUACUCUCAGCAGCUGGACACAGAGGAGCAACAGUACCAGAAGGAGUACAGCGAGUUUAAACGACAACAGCUGGAGCUGGAUGAUGAGCUGAAGAGUGUUGACAACCAGAUGCGUUACUGCCAGAUACAGCUAGAUCGCCUGAAAAAGACCAACGUCUUCAAUGCCACGUUCCACAUCUGGCACAGUGGGCAGUUUGGUACCAUCAACAACUUCCGCCUAGGUCGACUGCCCAGUGUCCCUGUGGAGUGGAAUGAGAUCAACGCAGCCUGGGGACAGACGGUGCUGCUGCUGCACGCUCUAGCCAACAAAAUGGGCCUGCACUUUCAGAGAUAUCGUCUUGUCCCAUAUGGAAACCACUCAUACUUAGAGUCACUGACAGACAAGUCCAAGGAACUUCCCCUGUACUGCUCAGGUGGCCUGAGGUUCUUCUGGGACAAUAAAUUUGACCAUGCCAUGGUGGCCUUUCUGGACUGUGUCCAGCAGUUCAAAGAGGAGGUGGAGAAAGGAGACACUGGCUUCUGCCUUCCUUACAGGAUGGACGUGGAGAAGGGCAAGAUCGAGGACACGGGUGGCAGCGGCGGCUCCUACUCCAUCAAAACGCAAUUCAACUCUGAGGAGCAGUGGACCAAGGCCCUCAAGUUUAUGCUCACCAACCUAAAGUGGGGACUUGCUUGGGUCACCUCACAGUUCUACAACAGAUAAACUUGAUGGACAAUGCCUUGUGCUAUUGAAUAGUCAUAUUUUCUUCCGAUGAAUGGAUUUUCUGUAAAUCGUAUCAUUUACUUGGCCAAAGUAA